CGCGUUGAAUCUUGCAUCAAGCGCAGCAUUAUAUUGCAUUACAUAGAUUUAUCAUCAGAUUGUGAUUUAAUAACAAGUGAUUGUGAUUUAUUCUCUUGUAAAUCAAUAAUAAAAGAAUUUGAAGAAUCAUAGAGAGAAGAAGAAGAAGCGUGUUUUUCGAUAAUCACUUUGUUCAAUUAAACGCCGUUGGAAGCACGUGCUUGCAGCUUGAAACUAUUUUCUCCACGUGCAACAAGAGUGUACACUGUUUUUUUCAUCAUGGCGACUAUUCAAAAACAACUUGCGUGCCAAUUGCAGCGUUUCAAUUUUAUAAAAAAAACCUACAAAAAAGUUGUGAAAACAGGACUAUUUCAACUACGACCACUUCGUAGGUAUUCACGUCAGGAAGUUGUUGUUAAAAUAGAACUUCUCAGAAGCACGUGGAAUGAUUUUGCCGAUUUACAUAAAGAAAUUUGUAAUUCGAAGACAAAUUCAGACGAAGCAUUAACUUAUUUUGAACAGUGUCCUUAUGAAAAUUGCAUGAAAUAUUACAGUAAAGCACUUUCUCAAUUGUUAACAAUGCAGGAAAGCUACAUUAAUAGAUCAUAAAACUCAUAAAAAAUCAUAUUUUUAAUUCAUAAAUUUGAUCGCAUUUUAAAAAUAUUCUUCCAUCAGAUUUUUAAAUCAAUGUUCUUUUUUUUAAAUUAUAUUUUUCAUCGUUUUAAAAUUUCUUUUUUCAAAAAUUUUAACAGUAAAAAAAUAAUUAUUGUGAUAUUACUCUCGAGCUGCAUGUCUCGUAUAAUAAUAAUAAUUUUAAAUUAUGUUCUCUAUUCAAAUUAUUACUUAGAUUUAAGAAAAUAGUUUUAUAUUUUUAUA